AUGGACACCAAGAGCCUCCCGGACAUCCAGAGCCACAGGGACCUCCACAUAUGGAUCAUUGAGAACUUGGAGAUGGUGCCCGUCCCCGAGAGCGCUUACGGGAACUUCUUUGAGGAGCACUGUUACAUCGUCCUCCACGUCCCCCAGGGCCUGAAGGCUGCGCAGGGGGCAGCCAAGGACCUGCACUACUGGAUCGGAAAGAAGGCGGACACAGAGGCGCAGGCCGUGGCGAGCACCUUCCUGCGGCGCCUGCAGGAGACCCUGGGUAGCGCCACCGUGUUGCACCGGGAGGUGCAGGAGCACGAAUCCGACUGUUUCUGCAGCUACAUCCGCCCAGGGAUCAUCUACAGGAAGGGAGGGCUGGCCUCUGCCCUCAAGCAUGUGGAGACCAAUAUGUACAACAUCCGGCGACUGCUACGCAUCAGAGGGAGGAAGCAUGUGUCAGCCACCGAGGUGGAGCUCUCCUGGGACAGCUUUAAUAAGAGUGACAUCUUUCUGCUGGACCUGGGCAAGGUGAUGAUCCAGUGGAAUGGGCCCAAGAGCAGCAAUUCUGAGAAGGCACGGGGCCUGGCCCUGACCCGCAGCCUCCAGGACAGGGAGCGUGCUGGUCGUGCACAGAUCGGCGUGGUGGAUGAUGAGGACAAAGCCUCUGGCCUCAUGGAGAUCAUGGAAGCUGUGCUGGGCAGCAGAGUGGGCAGCCUGUUCACUGUCCUGCCCAACAAAACGAUUACCCAGCUGCAGAAGGCCCGAGUCCACCUCUACCGGGUCCACGAGAAGGGUAAGGACCUGGUGAUCCAGGAGUUGGCAACCUGCCUACUGACCCAAGACCUACUGCAUGAGGAGGACUGCUGCAUCCUGGACCAAGGGGGUGUCAAGAUCUACGUGUGGCAGGGACGCAGGUCCAAGCCCCCGGAGCUAAGGUCGUCCUUCAGCCAGGCUCUGGGCUUCAUUGAGGCCAAGGGCUACCCCCCCUACACCAACGUGGAGGUGCUGAACGAGGGCGCCGAGUCCGCGGGGUUCACGCAGCUCUUCCGGAGGUGGUCCAAGGACCAGGACAAGACCGCGAACCUCCGAUGGAUCCGUGAGCGGGGCGGGCGGGCGAAACCGGGUCAGGCGGAGGCGGACCUGAGCAGGCUGCACAGCCAGCCCGAGCGAGCCGCCCGGCUCAGGAUGGUGGACGGCGGCGCUGGGAAGGUGGAGGUGUGGUGCAUCCAGGACUCAGGCAGGCAACCCGUGGAGCCCAAGCAUCAUGGACAGUUUUAUGCAGGCAACUGCUACCUUGUCUUCUACACAUACCAGAGGAUGGGUCACACCAAGUACAUCCUGUACCUGUGGCAGGGCCAGGAGGCCACCGCACAAGAGAUCAAGGCCCUGAACGGCAACGCCGAGGAGCUGGACCUCCUGUACCACGGAGCCCUGGUGCACGAGCACGUGACCAUGGGCAGUGAGCCCAAGCACUUCUUCGCCAUCUUCCAGGGCCAGAUGGUGGUCUUCCAGGGUAGCGCGGGGCACAGUGGGAGGGGGCAGCCAGCGUCUGCCACGAGGCUCUUCCACGUGCAAGGCACCGACAGCUACAACACCAGGAUCAUGGAGGUGCCAGCCCGGGCCUCCACCCUCAACUCCAGUGACAUCUUCUUGCUGAUUACAGGCAGCAUCUGCUACAUCUGGUUUGGGAAGGGCUGCAGUGGUGACCAGCGUGUGAUGGCGCGGAAGGUGGUCACUGUCGUCUCUGGGAACAUGGAUCAGGAAACAGUGCUGGAGGGUCAGGAGCCUCCCCACUUCUGGGAGGCCCUGGGAGGCAGGGCUCCCUACCCCAGCAACAAGAGCCUCCCUGAGGACGUCUCCAGCUUCCAGCCACGGCUGUUUGAGUGCUCCGGCCACAACGGCCACCUGGUCCUCAUGGAGGUCGUGUUCUUCAGCCAGGACGACCUGGACAAGUAUGAUGUCAUGUUACUGGACACCUGGCAGGAGAUCUUCCUGUGGCUGGGAGAAGCUGUGAGCAAGCAGAAGGAGGAGGUGGUGGCCUGGGGCCGGGAGUACCUGCAGACCCACCCGGCGCGGAGGAGCCAGACCAUACCCAUCGUGCUCAUCAAGCAGGGCCAUGAGCCUCCCACUUUCACCGGAUGGUUCCUUGCCUGGGACCCCUACAAGUGGACUGAGAGUGAGUCCUACAGGGAGUUGGUGGAGGGCAGCCUGGACACAAUAACGGCCAUCACUGAGAUAACAGCUGAAGUCAACAACUUCCGGCUGUCCCGAUGGCCAAGCAAUAGCAGUCCAGGCUCCUUGGCCCUACAGGCCCUCAAGGGCUCCCAGGACAGAUCAGAAAAUGAGCUGGAGCUGGGCCCCAAGGUGGAUGGCACCAGCACCGGCACCAGCAUCAGCAGCACCAGAUCCAUGAUCAAUGGGGGCCUGCCCCGUGAACAGCUGAUGUACAAGACUGCCAAGAACCUGCCAGUGGGUGUGGACCCCGCCCAAAAGGAGUUCUAUCUCUCAGACUCUGACUUCCAAGACAUCUUUGGGAAGUCCAAGGAGGAAUUCUACGGCAUGGCCAAGUGGAAGCAGCAGCAGGAGAAGAAGCAGCUCGGUUUCUUCUGA